AUGGAAUCCGACGACGAAUUCGUUGACCAGGUGGACUCCGAUCCAGAACUGCGGGAUAUGUCGCUCUCGCCGGAACCCCAGGGCAUGGCCAAGAGAACCCGAUCGAGAGCAACUAAUACGGACUUGAAAAACUCAUCUGGUGGCUAUGCAUGGGAAGACGAGUACCAGCGUACAUGGGACGUGGUAAAAGAUGACUCGGAGGGCCAAAGAUCGAUAGAACUGCUAGUUCAGCAGAUGAUUGAGGCUAGAAAGAAGAAGAUAAUGAAAAAUCCAACUACUCCAUUUCAAAGAGGAAUCAUUCGUACACUUGUGGUGAUAAUCGAUGGAUCUCUGAUAAUGCUGGAGAAGGAUUUGCGUCCAACCCGUUUCGGUGCCAUGCUCACAUACCUACAAGAUUUCAUUGUAGAGUUUUUCGACCAGAAUCCCAUCUCGCAGUUAGGUAUUGUCAUGAUGAGAAACGGAGUGGCUCAUUUGGUAAGCGAGGUAAGUGGACUGCCGCAACACCAUAUUGACAAGUUGAGGGCAUUAAAGAGCCGUCAGCAUAACAGGUAUGAACCAAAGGGCGAUCCUUCACUCCAGAAUGCUCUCGAAUUAGCUCGUUCUCUACUUAUGGCUAAUUUUGGCGGCCCAGCCGCAGCAUCAGCAAAGAAUUCGAAGGAGAUCUUAAUUAUUUUUGGAGCCCUUUUUACGUCUGACCCAGGUGAUAUUCACAGAACUAUUGACUCCUUGGUUAAAGAUAAGAUAAAGGUCAAAGUCAUCGGUCUUUCGGCACAAGUGGCUAUUUGCCAGGAAAUUGUUAACAAAACAAACUUUCUGGGUUCAGCAAGCCACAAGACAAUUGUCGAUAGUACAGCAUCACAAUACUACGGAGUAAUCAUGAAUGACGCUCAUUUCAAGGAGCUCUUGAUGGACUGCGUCGAACCUCUUGCCGUUACAAAGGGAUCCGCAGAAGCACAACAAGAACUUACUAAGGGGGUGCCACUAAUUCGGAUGGGUUUCCCACUGAAAUUUUCUCCGAACGUGGCAACUUCUAAUGCCCUUGUAUCAGCGAACUUCCCUCAUUUAUGCGCUUGCCAUCCAACCCAGUCUUCCGAGGAAGCGAAGGAAACAGUUGUUGUCCAAAAUGGCCAGGGAAGCAACCUGAACGUGACAACAUCUAACGUAGUGGGAUAUAUCUGCCCACAAUGCCGCAAUAGAGUUUGUCAUCUUCCUACAAUCUGCCCGGUAUGUGGGUUGAUGUUGAUCUUGUCGACGCACUUGGCCCGUUCUUACCAUCAUUUGGUUCCUUUAAACGAUUUUGAAGAUGUUCCCGUAGCAGCUUCAUACAACAGCACAUACUGUUACGGAUGUCUCCUUCGAUUUCCAGAUGGUACCGAAAACUCUGAGGAUGCUCUAACAAGUUCUAGAUACCGAUGUUCUAGAUGUUCAAGUGACUUCUGCAUUGAUUGCGAUGUAUUCGUACACGAAGUGCUUCACAAUUGUCCUGGUUGCGAGAACAUGAGCUGA